AUGAGCGCCACUGACAACAUACCAGUCCAUGAGAAUUCGUACCAAUCACGAAGAGCACCAAGUUAUCACCACCUCGACACCACCAUCCUCUCUCUAUUCGUGCACACGUCUACGUACAUGGCAGAGUCAGUGCCCGGUGGAUCUGUGCUACACUUGGGAAGGGCUAUUUUACCGGUACGUCGAGGGUUGACCAAGCCCCCCUGCUCAAGGUCAUUUUCACCAUUAUCUCCGCCCAGGUACGGAGACUGGCCUAUCGUCUAUGUACCAGUGAUUCCUAUUAUAGUGACCUUUUGA